GCCCCGCAGCACCAUGAAAUCAGGCCUCCUCCUCCUGGGGCUCCUCGCCCUCUGGGCUGACCUGACACCUGCCUCUGGGCAGCUCCAUGAAGCUAACGCGAUCUGCAAUCUCCCUGCGGAACCUGGCCCAUGUUUAGCCUACAGCCGCAACUACUUCUACAACUCGGUCACCAAGAGGUGCGAGGAGUUCAUUUACGGCGGCUGCCAGGGCAAUGCGAACAGGUUUCCCAAUAUGGACGAAUGUCUCAAGACCUGUGGAAGCUCAGUGAAAACGGGCAAGUGCCCCACUCCCAUCAACGGGGGGGCUGCGAACUGCGAUAACUUCUGCUCCACGGACGCUGACUGUCCCGGAUCUGAGCGCUGCUGCAGUAACGGCUGUGGGACGGAGUGCAGACUCCCCAUAGGAGUAAACCCAGGGUACUGCCCGAAGGUCAAACCCGGCACGGUGACAAUCUGCCUCGUGGAAUGCAAUAACGACAGGGAAUGUGGAGCGGGCAGCAAGUGCUGCAGCCGGGGAUGCCACGUGCACUGCGCACGGGCGGUGCCAGCCCAACCCGGCACCUGCCCCAAGAGGAGAGUGCUGCAGACGUUCGCGCCGUGUGAGAAUAAGUGCAGUGACGACAGGGACUGUCCCACCAGGCAGAAAUGCUGCUUUACUGGCUGUGGCCUCGGCUGUCUGGCCCCUCUAACAGGUGACAUUUGCCGACUCCCGCCUGAGACGGGCCCUUGCAAGCGAAAGAUCCCGCGCUUCUUCUACAACCCAGCCUCCAGGACAUGCCAGAGAUUCUAUUAUGGUGGCUGCCGGGGCAACGGGAACAACUUUAGAACUCUCCUGGAGUGCCAGCAGGCCUGCAGGAAACGCGGGCCGACGAGAGCGUGACCGCGAAGAGCCGAGAGCGUGACAGCAGGGCCUGUGGGGGGAUGGGACAGGAUCCUCCAAUACGGUCCCCACCUGACACCCACCCCCAAUCGCCCGUGGGCCUGAUCUCGCCCAGCACCUGGGUUGUGUAAUAAA